GCUCUGGAAUCCGGUGUCUCCUCAGCCUUCUGAGUCAGCCUGACAGAGACUGGCAGGACUGCUGUAUGGGCUCUGCUGCCAGUGUGACCUCACUCUCUCCAGUUCCCCAAACUCAAUACCAGCUAUGAAUUCCUGCAACUUCACACAUGCCACCUUUGUGCUUAUUGGUAUCCCAGGACUAGAAGAAACAGUUCAUUUCUGGAUCGGCUUCCCGCUAUUUUCAAUGUAUGCUGUGGCAGUGUUUGGAAACUGCAUCGUGGUCUUCGUCGUAAGGACAGAGCGUAGCUUGCACGAGCCCAUGUAUCUCUUUCUCUGCAUGCUGGCAGCCAUUGACCUGGCCUUAUCUACAUCCACCAUGCCCAAGAUCCUCGCUCUUUUCUGGUUCAACUCCCGGGAGAUUACCUUUGAUGCCUGCCUUGCCCAGAUGUUCUUUAUUCAUGCUCUUUCAGCCAUAGAAUCUACAAUCUUGCUCGCCAUGGCCUUUGACCGUUAUGUGGCUAUCUGCCACCCAUUACGCCAUGCCUCCGUGCUCAACAAUACAGUAACAGCCCAGAUUGGCUUGGUGGCUGUGGCUCGUGGCUCCCUAUUCUUUUUCCCACUGCCUCUACUCAUCAAGCGGCUUACCUUCUGCCACUCCAAUGUGCUCUCACACUCGUAUUGUGUGCACCAGGAUAUGAUGAAGUUGGCAUAUGCAGACACUUUGCCUAAUGUGGUCUAUGGUCUUACUGCCAUACUGCUGGUUAUGGGCGUGGAUGUCAUGUUCAUUUCCUUGUCCUAUUUUCUGAUUAUACGAACAGUUCUACAGCUGCCUUCCAAGUCGGAGCGGGCCAAGGCCUUUGGGACGUGUGUGUCACACAUCGUUGUGGUAUUGACCUUCUAUGUACCACUCAUUGGCCUCUCAGUGGUACACCGUUUUGGAAACAGUCUGGAUCCCAUUGUGCAUGUUCUCAUGGGUGAUGUCUACUUAUUGAUGCCUCCUGUGAUCAAUCCCAUCAUCUAUGGAGCCAAGACCAAGCAGAUCAGAACGCGGGUGCUUGCCAUGUUCAAGAUAAGCUGUGACAAAAACCUUCAGUCUGUGGGAAAUAGGUGACCCUGCCCACUCCACUUCCCCUUAUCCUUAGUGGCUUGAUAUAACUAUUUCCUAACAGUAACAAUUUCAGUUGCCUCCAAGCACAUAAGCGUAUUUCUCUGGUUUG